CGCGGCGGCGCCUCCGCUUCCCGGGGCAGUCCCAAGCCUUGCCCGAGAGGGGGUCGCUCCUCCUCCUCCUCCUCGCCCAGCCUGGCGGUGGUGAUGGGCGCGCAGGGCUCGCAGGAGGAGCGGCCGGUCCCGGAGCAGGAGGCGAUCCUGGCUGAGACCGGCUUUUCCGAAGCCAGCCUCGCCCGCCUCUACCAGCGCUUCCAGGCCUUGGACACGGCAGACAAGGGCUACCUGAACCGAUACGAUCUGGAAGGGAUCGGCAAGUUGGCAGUGAACCCUAUUGGAGACCGGAUCAUCAAUGCCUUCUUCCCGGACGGGACUGAGGAAGCCGACUUCCGCUCCUUUGCUCGUGUGCUGGCUCACUUCCGGCCAGUGGAGGCCCCCGGCAGCCCCGAGGACAUCAACAGCCCCCUUAGCAAGCUGAAGUUUGCUUUUCAGUUAUACGACCAGGAUAAGGAUGGGAAGAUCUCACGGGCUGAAAUGCUGCAGGUCUUGAGAAUGAUGGUGGGCCUCCAGGUGACCAACGACCAGCUCGAGAACAUCACGGACCGAACCAUCCAGGAGGCCGACAGAGAUGGAGACAAGGCCAUCUCCUUUGAGGAGUUUGCCAAGUCGGUGGAAAAGCUGAAUAUUGAACAGAAGAUGAGUCUACGAAUCCUGAAAUGAGGAAGGUCCAGGGGGGCUUUAUGGCGAAGGGUGAAGAAAAACAGCCUCCGGAAUCUGAUCAGCUCUCUCGUGGGUUCCUGAGCGUGCACAGAAAGCUUGUUUCAGAGAUGCGACCCACGAGUUCGGACAGCUGAUGCUUGCAGCUUAGACCUCCAGUUAGGAAUUAGGAGAACUGCGAUCUCAAAAUGAGCCAUUUAUGUAAUGGGUGUGGUGCUUGAAGGUAGUCCUCAUCUUACGACCAUUCAUUAUGUGUCCGAAGUUACAACAGCACUGAAAUAAGUUUUCCCCACUUACCGCAAUCCCCGGGGUCACGUGAUCAAAAUUCAGACGCUUGACGGGGUCACGUGAUCCCCUUUGGCCACCUUCUGAUCGGCAGAGUCAAUAGGGAGGCCAGAUUCGCUUAAUGACCGCACGACUGCCUUAACGACCGCAGGGAUUCAUUUAACAACUCGGCUACUAAUUUAACACCCACAACGAUUCGGUUAAUGACUGUGACCAGGAAGGUCGUAAAAUUUUGCAACAUCCUGCUCAGCAAGGGAAAUUUGGCGCUCGGUCAUGGGCGUAAGUUGAGGACUAAUUGAAUUUUGGGUUCAAUUGUGGACUUAAGUUGAGGACUACCUGUAGGAAGAAAGCAAAAUCAGGGAGCCCCGUCUCUCUCUCUUUCUCACCCUUUCUUUCUCUUCUAUCUCUUUCUCUCCUCUCCCCUCUGUAAUUUCUCUUCUCUCUCUUUCUCCCUCUUUUUCUCUCCUCUCUGUCCCUUUCUCUCCUCUUUCUUUCUCUCUCUCUCUCUCUUUCUCUCCUCUCUCUUUCACAACCAGGGGCGUGCAUAAGAGCACCAGCGUGCCUACCGUUUCUGUCCUAAUGUUCCCUUUGGUCGUAUUCAAUUUGUGUGGUUAUUUCAUGCUUAUACUUAUAUAUAUUGUUGUGUUUGACAAAAUAAAUAAAUAAAUAAAAAUAAAACCA